UCCAGCGUUUGAUAACAAAGCAGGUGCGUGGUGCACUGAGGUAUGCAUGCGCCUUCUGACGAAUGGAUUCAACACUAUGAAGAUGGGCACUGGACUAUGUGAAAAGUGUGAAGAGUUGCUGAAUGAUUUCUUUGCUCUUGUGAAGAUAUUAUACAACGAGUUUGAGCUGAAGAUAAAGGACUGUGUCAAGGCUCUCUCCCGAUGUUGUUGUCUGAGGAGAAGCUCCAGUCCCCAGAAAUUCGUCAAGAGACGCCAACGAAACUCUGCCUACACGUCUUUAUUACAGCACUUGAAUACAGACAAUGAACCCCCGCUCCUCAAUCAACAAUGUCUACAUGCAUUAAAAACCUUAGCAGCAUCCGAAAACCAUGACCUUCAAGGGGCUGCAUCCAUGUACUACUUACAUAUUAGUCAACACUUAGAGACUCUGUUACCUGUUGCAUUCCUGGAGCCUUACCUUUCCCUGCUUCUGUCAAAUGACCUGGAAACACAGAGGGCCAUCUCUCUGUCCCUGGUCAAUUUGCUGGUAAAGAACAACGUGAGUAAAGAGCAGGUGGUUGAGAUGGGAUUGCUGGUACCCAUUCUAGAGACGCUGCAGUCUGGGGACCCCACUGUCCAGUGUAACUCCUGUGCCUGUGCUGCCAUGCUGGCGUCAUCAGAGUCCCACCGAGAAGCCAUUGUAUCAGCUGAUGGAGUGAUUCCACUGUUGGUUUUAGCCAAAUCAUACGAUUCACGGGUUCAGCAGAAUGCAGUCUGGGCCCUUCUCAACCUCACUCAGUCAGAGGAGUCAAUGAGGGCGUUAUGUCAAGAGGGCGCUGUUCCUUUUCUGGCUCUGUUGCUGCAGUCUUCAGAUUCAGAGAUCCAGUUCAACAGCUGCUCUGCUUUAAGCAACAUCGCUUUAGUCCAGGAGCAUCAUCCGAAAAUGCUGGGCAUCGGAGACCAGUUCCUGCUGAAGUCACUCUUGAUGCUCACCUCCUCUUCUGUGCAGAAGAACUCGUCACAAGCUUGGAAGUGCCUCAAAAUCCUUUCAGGAAAUGUUGAGGUCCAGAAGCACCUGCUGGAGCUUGGUGUUGUGAUGUCACUCAGAGCCCUGCUGGGCUCGUCUGCUCUCCCCGUGACCGAGUCUGCCAUCACUCUGCUUUCUGAACUGACUACACACCCGCCCAACAACGAGAACCUGGUAGAUGACGGCCUGCUGGAGGUCAUAGGUCACCUGCUGGUCAGCCAUGGGUCCAGCUCCAUCGUCAUCAGACACAGUGCUGCUGUUGUCACCAACCUGUGCACAACCAGACACGGUGUACAGGGGCUAAUGGAGAGUGAGUGUCUAACAGGACUACUCCAGGUCCUAGUGUCCAGUGGGGCAACUGAAGAGGACUUGGUGUGUGUCACACUUUGUUUACAUCAUCUGACAACCCGGGAAGUGCUUCAGUCUCGUCUGGCCACAGAAAUGAACCCUGACCACAUGUUGAGACUUGUGACGCUGUCCGGAGAGAUGGAAAAUCAAGAGUUGUCAUAUUAUUCCGCCUCCAUCGUCAGCAAACUACAAAUAAAUGGUGAUGUCGUCUAUUUGCUGCGUCCUCACUAUCCCGCCAUCUCUGAAUAUGUGCUGGCCUUCCUCAAAAAACAGGAAGUUAGAUUCCAGCAACUUGGCAUCGUCACUUUAUGCAGUCUUAAGAAAGAUGGAGGCUUUGUGGCUGCUGCUCAUCUGGAGGAGCAGCUGAUGGAGGUUCACCUGCAGACGGAACAAACCAGAACCCUUCUGCAGAGGAUCCAGCAGCCUCCCCCGCUCUCCUCCCCCAAGUCUCCCCUUCCGUUAGACAGAGACUAGGACCUGGAUGUUUUGUGUACUGUUGUGUAGAUUUUUUUUUUACUUUUAUACUUUUUGGUUUUACUGAUGCCAUGAUUCAUGUUUGCAACAAUGUUAAUGUUGGAAUGUUACAAAAUUGUUUUUUUAACCAUAUUUUUAUCUACACAUCUCAACAAGAAAGUAAAGAUUGAAGACUGCGUGUGUUUUUAUUUCAAGUUUAAUACAGGUUCAGAGAUAGAAAGGUUUUUACAAUUUUGACAGAGACAUUAUAUAGUACCUAGGGAGGUGGAGAGGAAGGACACAAGCAGUAGUUAGGCUGUGUGCCAGGAUGUUAUUGUACUAUAGGGGUUUUAAAUAAAUGGAUUUCAAUCUUAACUGUU